UGGGAAUCAUUGGAAUUGAGUUGGGACUUUUGAAGUGGACAUAAAGAGCAUGCACCUUAUAUCCAAAUCAAAGUAUGGCAUAUUGGACUCAGGCUUAAACUCCAAUAACUUCUGAAUCAUCAUCCUAAUCUACCCAAAACUGUCACUACAGAUCAUGGAAAGUUUCUUUUAUAUGCCUUUUCACCAUCCUUUGCAUGUGAGCUUCAGUUUAAGUUGUAGCAGAUAGUUUACAUAUGCAGUAAUUCAUUCCAUCUGUUUAGUACAGCUUAGGAUUUCAUAUUCCAUCCAAGAUGGCUACUUCUAUUCUACAAAAUACAAUUGUACUGUUAUCUCUGGCAUUCUUAUUAGCUUUAUCUUAUCCUCUUGGCUGCAAGGCUCUUGGAAGAGGUUAUACACUGAAAUCAGUCAGAGAAGUACUAGAUGGAAGAUCCCUCGUAGCACAACUGCAGCUAAUGGCCAGCAAUUCUCUUUAUGGAUCAGAUAUCAAAUAUCUCCUAUUGAUGGUCAGGUAUGAAUCAAAUCAUCGCUUAAGGGUGUAUAUAACUGAUGCUGAUAAAGAGAGGUGGGAAGUCCCAAGAGAAUUGGUAGCCAGAAACAAUGAUGGUGAUGUAAUUGAUAAUAAGAAGGAACCUGAAUUGAAGUUUUCAUACACCAAACAUCCAUUUGGCUUUGCAGUUACAAGGCGUUCCAAUGGAGAAGUCCUGUUCAAUUCCACUGCACAACAUGUAGGCAAUGCUUAUCCAUUUGGUAACAUGGUGUUGAAGGACCAGUACUUGGAGAUUUCUACUGUUCUUCCUCCGAAUGCUUCUCUGUAUGGAUUGGGAGAGAGCACCCAGCGUGGGUUUCGUUUGGGCAAAAAUGAAAGUCAUACAUUAUGGAAUGCAGACAUUGGAAGCAUGAAUUUGUAUCUGGAUCUGUAUGGGUCUCAUCCGUUUUAUAUGGAUGUAAGAGCAGGGGGUGUUGCUCAUGGAGUUCUUUUGCUGAAUAGCAAUGGUAUGGAUGUUGAAUAUGGGGGUAACUAUUUGACAUACAGAGUGAUUGGGGGAGUUUUAGACUUCUAUUUCUUCUCUGGCCCUUCUCCGCUCUCUGUUGUUCAGCAGUACACUGGUCUUGUGGGUCGGCCAGCCCCAAUGCCAUACUGGUCUUUUGGUUUUCACCAAUGUAGAUACGGUUAUAAAAACAUUACAGACGUUAAAUCAGUUGUAGCUGGGUAUGCAGCAGCAACACUGCCUCUAGAAGUUAUCUGGACAGACAUUGAUUAUAUGCAUGACUUCAAGGAUUUUACUCUGGACCCUGUGAAUUUCCCUGAGAAAGAAAUGAGAGAGUUUAUUGAACAGAUCCAUGCUAAUGGGCAGAAAUAUGUUCUCAUAGUUGAUCCAGGAAUAGCUGUAGAUGAAACAUACAAGACUUUUCAAAGAGGGAUGAAGGAGGACAUUUUUGUGAAACAAGCAGGUGUCCCUUACCUUGCACAAGUAUGGCCAGGCCCAGUAUAUUUUCCAGAUUUUCUGAACCCCAAGACUCAAUCUUUUUGGACUAAAGAAAUCUCAGAGUUUCAGAGAACAAUUCCAUUUGAUGGCCUUUGGCUCGACAUGAAUGAGGUUUCCAACUUCUGCAGUGGAAUUACAUGUUCCUUGCCAAAAGCUGGGAAUUGCCCAAGAAAAGAUGCACAGACAGAAUGCUGUCUAGUGUGCAGUGAUGCCAAUGUCACAAAGUGGGACAAUCCCCCUUUCAAAAUCAACAAUUCUGGAGUCCUCAGGCCACUGGGAAACAAAACUGUGGCUGCCAGUGCAGUACAUUACAAUGGUGUCUUGGAAUACAAUGCACAUAAUCUAUAUGGGCUCUCAGAGGCCAUUAUGACCAACAAGGCACUUAGAUCAGUACUAAACAAGAGACCCUUCAUACUGACCCGUUCUACCUUUGUUGGAUCUGGAGUCCAUGCCGCACAUUGGACAGGGGAUAAUGCUGCAACAUGGGACGAUCUCUGGUACUCCAUACCUACAAUUCUAAAUUUUGGAUUGUUUGGAAUCCCCAUGGUGGGUGCUGAUAUUUGUGGUUUUGCACAAAACACAACGGAAGAACUCUGCAACAGAUGGAUUCAACUUGGUGCAUUUUAUCCUUUUGCUAGAGAUCAUUCCGCAAAGGAUACAGUUCGUCGAGAGCUGUACUUAUGGAAAUCUGUAACAGAGUCUGCAAGGAAAGCAUUAGGUCUGCGAUACCGCCUUCUUCCAUAUAUAUACACACUAUCUUAUGAAGCGCACACCAAAGGAUCUCCAAUCGCGAGGCCUUUGUUUUUCACAUUUCCCCAGGACAUUAACACAUUGGGUAUCAGCACCCAGUUUCUUUUGGGAAAUGGGGUUCUAGUCUCCCCUGUUCUGAAGGAAGGAGCAAGGACUGUGGAUGCUUAUUUUCCAAAGGGAACCUGGUACAGUCUGUUUAAUUUGUCACAUUCUAUACAGAUGGAAAGAGGCUCACAUGUAAGGCUUCAAGCUCCAUUAGAUACCAUCAAUGUUCAUGUAUAUGAAGGGACUAUAUUGCCUAUGCAAGAAAUGGCUAUGACAACCAGAGAAGCAAGAAAAAGCCCAUUUAAUUUGGUGGUGGCUAUGGGCAGCAGGAUGAAAGCAAAUGGGGAGUUAUAUUUGGACAAUGGGUACGAUUUGGAAAUGAAAUUGCAGAGUGGCAAAUCAAGUUUUGUGAAGUUCCAUGCAAAUGUUGAAGAGGAAGGUCUUCGGCUCAGAUCAGAAGUCCACAUGGGGAAGUUUGCAAUCAGGAAGGGAUGGAUUCUUCAAAAGAUUACAAUUUUGGGAUUGGAAUCUUCUUUUAAUCAUUCCAACGAAUCUGCCCCUAGAGCUACUGUUUCUGUUCAUAGUAAUGGGGAGGCCAAAAGAAGUACAAAGAUGAGAGUCAUUGUGGAUGGAAAAUCUGUUGUGGUCUCAAAUAUUUCUCUUCCAAUUGGGGAGAUGUUUGAGAUGAUUAUUACAUUCAAGAAAUAGUUGAGUGGACUAUGUUUCACAUUGCACUGAUCUUUCUCUCGAAUUUGAUCGAGUGUAAAUAAAGGUCAUUUGACUAGGUGACCUCUUUUUUAAGCAAAUUUUCAUGGAAGAAAUAGUUGAGUGGACUAUGUCUAAUUCACAUUGUACUGAUCUUUCUCUUGAAUUUGAUCGAGUGUAAAUAAAGGUCAUUUGACUAGGUGACCUAUUUUUUAAGCAAA